AUGAGUGGUAGUCGAGGUGCAACGAGAGAUCCUGCAGUGAGAUCUGAGGCACAGGCGCCAGCCAGAGCUUACGCUAUACGCGCUCACGAAGAUGUAUCGGCGCCAGAUAUUAUCACUGAUACUUUUUCUCUCUAUAACACUGAUGUAAUUACUUUGGUUGAUCCCGGAUCAACCCAUUCUUAUGUAUGUACGAAUUUAGUGUCUAGUAAGGGUUUACUGGUAGAGUCCACUAAAUUCGUGGUUAAGGUAUCAAACCCUUUGGGUCAGUAUAUCCUAAUUGAUAAAGUUUUCAAGAAUUGUCCUUUGAUGACUCGGGGUUACAGUUUUCUGGCCAAUUUGAUGCUUUUACUGUUUGAUGAAUUCAAAGUGACUUUGGGUAUGGAUUGGCUGACUUUGCAUGAUGUGGUUGUAAACUGUAGACGAAAGCUUAUUGUAUUAAAAUGUCAGAACGAUGAGACUCUUCGUAUUGAAUCCAAUUGA